AAAGAAAAGUAGUCAAAAGAAAAAUAUCGGAGAAACAAGUUGAUUUGUUGAAUUUGUUGUCUGUUUAUAUUUGAUUUAAGAAAAAAUUCUACAUUUCUAAGUACGAUAUUUGUGUGAAUAAAACGACCGCUUUGCGGCCCACAAUUGGUGGUAUUAGGUACGAGUGAUUGGUGCAUGAUAUCGUUGAGUGCACUGCUGACCAAAUACACGCUGGGCAUCAUGAACAACUUAGGACACAAUCAGCCAACGGGUGGAGCAGGUUCUGGUGCAGGUGGCGGUGGUGGUGUCGGCGGCAACGGCGGCGGUGGUAUGGGUAACAACAAUGGCAAUGUUAUACAAAAUCCAGCAGCAGAAGGUAGCAUGGAGCGCGGCAGUUGUUUGCUACGCUACGCAAGUCAAAAUUCUUUGGAUGAAAGCUCACAGAAACAUAUUCAACGCCCAAAUGGCAAAGAUCGCACCGUUGGACAGUAUCAUAAUGAGCAACACACAACCCGUUCAUUUGAGGCCAUGAACGAAAUGCGCAAACAAAAUUUACUCUGUGAUGUCACGUUAGUGGCCGAUGAAAUUGAGAUACCGGCACAUAAGAUGGUACUUGCCUCCUGCAGUCCCUACUUCUAUGCCAUGUUCACCGGAUUUGAGGAAUCACGUCAGGGCCGUAUCACACUACAAGGUGUUGAUCAUCGUGCGCUGGAACUGCUCAUCGAAUAUGUGUACACAUCGACAGUAGAAGUGAACGAGGACAAUGUACAAGUGUUAUUAACUGCUGCCAAUCUACUGCAGCUAACCGAUGUGCGUGAGGCCUGUUGCGAUUACUUGCAAACACAAUUGGAUGCCAGCAACUGUUUGGGCAUACGUGAAUUUGCCGAUAUACACGGUUGUGUGGAUUUACUGAACUAUGCAGACACUUACAUCGAACAGCAUUUCAAUGAAGUAAUUCAAUUCGAUGAAUUUCUCAAUCUGAAUUACGAACAAGUGAUAACUUUAAUAUGUAACGAUCGCAUUUGUGUGCCAAGUGAGGAAAAGGUGUACGAAUGUGUUAUAUCAUGGAUACGCUACGAUCCGACUAUGCGCGAACAGUUCACCGCUCUGCUCAUGGAACAUGUGCGACUGCCCUUUCUCUCCAAAGAAUACAUAACGCAACGCGUCGACAAGGAGCCAUUGUUGGAGGGCAAUAUAAUUUGCAAGAAUCUAAUAAUAGAAGCAUUAACAUAUCAUCUGCUGCCGAAUGACACCAAAUCUGCACGUACCAUACCGAGGAAACCAGUGGGUCUGCCGAAAAUACUCUUAGUCAUAGGUGGACAAGCACCGAAGGCAAUACGUUCCGUCGAAUGCUAUGAUCUGCGUGAUGAGAAGUGGUAUCAGGCAGCCGAGAUGCCAAAUAGACGUUGUCGUGCUGGCUUGGCAGUUCUGGGUGAUAAGGUGUUUGCCGUUGGCGGCUUCAACGGCUCUUUGCGGGUGCGUACUGUGGAUGUUUAUGAUCCGGCUACAGAUCAAUGGCUUACAUGUAAUAGCAUGGAGGCACGUCGUUCAACACUCGGUGUUGCCGUAUUGCAUGGUUGUAUUUAUGCUGUGGGUGGUUUUGAUGGCACAACGGGUCUCAGCAGCGCAGAGGUAUUCGAUCCGAAGACCGAACUUUGGCGUCUCAUAGCAUCGAUGUCAACGCGUCGCAGUUCUGUCGGUGUUGGUGUGGUCAAUGGUUUACUCUACGCGGUCGGUGGUUAUGAUGGCUUCUCACGUCAAUGCUUAUCAUCUGUGGAACGUUAUAAUCCAGACUCUGACAUGUGGACACCUGUAGCUGAUAUGUCAGCACGGCGUUCGGGUGCUGGUGUGGGUGUUUUGAAUAAUAUACUCUAUGCUGUGGGUGGUCAUGAUGGUCCAAUGGUGCGCAAAUCUGUGGAAGCAUAUGAUCCCGAUACAAAUGCAUGGCAUGCCGUUGCUGAUAUGGCCUACUGUCGACGCAAUGCUGGUGUUGUAGCACACGAUGGUGUGCUGUUUGUUGUGGGCGGUGAUGAUGGCACCUCGAAUUUGGGCUCCGUUGAGGUUUACUGCCCAGAAACUGACACCUGGCGCAUAUUGCCUGCUUCCAUGACAAUCGGACGCAGCUACGCCGGUGUAUGUAUGAUAGAUAAGCCCAUGUGAAUGGAAGAGCAGGGUGCAAUGGCACGCCAAGCUAAUGCAGCAGCCGGUGGAAUCAUAGAUGAUGAAAAUAGUCAAGCUGAGGGCAGCAAUGUCGAGGGUGCAGUUGGUUACUCACGUAAUGACGUGCACAUCAACUUAAACAACAAUGGCAAUGGUAAUGCUUCCCAACAACAACAACAACAACAGCAACAACAAAAUCAUCCACACUACGAAAACAUCUAUGAAUCCCUUGAGCAAUAUAAUAAUGCAGCUGUUGCUGCUGCUGCUGGAGCUGGUGUCAACGCUGUUGCCCCUGCUGAUGCAUUGCCCCAACCUCAAGCCGAUGCCAAUGUAAAUCCACCCAAUAUUAAUAAUCUUAACAAUGCCAAUAACAACGCUAACAACAACAACAACAAUAACCAACCACGCAUUUUACCCAACAUAAGUUAUAGGAAUGAUCUCUACGAUCGCACAAACACUACAUCGCCAGCUUAUGACGUGCCACGUGCAGUGCGUUCCGGUUUGGGAUUUCGACGCAAUUUUCACAUUGAUCUACAAGGAGCCAAUCGUUUUAACGCUUCGCGUCCCAGUGCAACCAACACAGCACCCACUUCGGUUUAUGGCAGCAGCAAUAACUGUCAACGUCAGCGUAGUUUCGAUGAUACCGAAUCACAGAAUUAUUACAAUUUCAAUUAUCAGCCAAGUUUGCGCUACGAAAAUAUUUACGAACAAAUACGUGAUGAACCCAUUUACCGAAAUACAGGCAGUGGCGCAAGGGUGUAUGGGCGUUUAGAUGUCAUUGGUCACGGCAUCGGACGUAUUGAGCGUCAUUUGAGCUCCUCCUGUGGCAAUAUUGAUCACUACAAUCUGGGAGGGCAUUAUGCGGUGCUCGGACACUCACACUUCGGUACUGUCGGUCACAUACGUCUAAAUACCAGUGCCACUGUUACCAAUGCACCGAUUAUUAAUAGCGGUUGUGGUAUGAAUCCGGCAGUAACAAAUACCACUGCGUCUACCACAUACAAUGUGACCACAACGGGCAGUCAGAGAGAUGCUAAUAAUGUGAAGAACAGCGCUUCAUCCUUCUUCAGCUGUUUGCAGGGUGAAAAUGCGCAGAGUAUGAGCAAUAUCUAUCGUGCUUCUGUUGGUAUGGGUGGUGGCAUGGCAAGCACCUGCGCUACUGCUGGUGCACAACAAAUACCGACGCAAUUCAAUUGUGUUGUACCGAAUAAUACAAAAGAGCGCGAACCACGUUCUGUUUCUGCGGGCCCGACAACAAUAAGCACUAAUAAUGGCAAUGCCAGCGUUGCCGUUGAUGGUCCCUCCACUUCAACAGGCAAUCGCCAAACAGGCGCUAUACCAAAAAUCAAAGCGCUCGCAAUGAACCCAAACAAACCCAGCACCUCUGCAAGUAAUGCCAACAACGCACCAGCAGAGAAGACGGUCUCCAUUAAAAAUGCAAUCACAAAGAAAACAACAAAUAAUACGAACAGUGCCGCGCCAGCAACAACAACAACUGCUAAAACAAGCACAACUAGCCCAGAACACAGCGCGAAUUCGAGCACCUUGAAUCGGAUUUCAAAAUCCAGUCUACAAUGGUUGUUGGUAAACAAAUGGUUGCCACUGUGGAUUGGACAGGGCCCAGAGUGCAAGGUGAUCGACUUCAAUUUCAUGUUUUCGCGAGAUUGCAGCGGUUGUGAUGCUGCAACCGCUGCCACGCAAAUGUCCAAUCCUUAUUAUACGCCACGUUUAGGUGGCAUGAUGCCCCACGAUUUAAUGCGUUUCAGUGCAGCUAAUGCCGAGUUGCACGCGCCUUGUGCAGCCGCAUCGACAGCCCUAAGACGCGAUCUGAAUAUGCGACCGCGCGCUUUGAAUCGCUUGCGUGAAUAUGAACAGAAUCGGCGUGAGACAACAACAACACAUCGCUAUGAAGAUCCCUCAUAUGAAAAUGUACACGUGCAUUGGCAAAACGGGUUUGAAUUUGGACGCUCACGUGAUUAUGAUCACAAUCAUCAGAAUGCAACAGGCACCGCACGUCCCCAACUACAACGUGCGCGCUCCGAAAGUCCAAACUUCAGCACACAACAACGACGCAUGCGCCAAAAUUCCAAUGCAACACCGAGUGGCAGUAACGCAGCACCCACUGCGGGUUAUACUACAACAAAAUAUGUUGAUACAUUCAAAAAUUAUGUACUCAAUGCGGAGAACAACACAUUCAAACCGAAAUUGGUGAAAUCUGAGAACAGCGACACUCUAAAUUGUGUGGCCAGUGGCAGUGGUAAUGGAACUGGCGCAGCUGAAGUAAUAAAUAAUCCGUUAUCAGAUACUAUUGACGUGCAUGAGUCUACACCGCCACCGGCGAGCGCACAAGCAAACAUAGUGAAAUCAGUUGGCGAACUCGAAGUCGAAGUGGAUGAGGCCAUAGGUGGUUUCAACAAUGAAGUGGCCGCUUGCAGUGUCCAUGCAAGUAUGGGUGAUAACGAAGGCGUACAGCCCACAAAUUCAAAUCGAAUAGUAAUAGUUAAUGGAAGAGAAAAUGUAAACAUAAAUGACAACGAGACUGAUCCUACAAAGACAAAAGCCACUAACGACAACAACAAUACUAAUGUAAAGUCUACUAACAAUGAACAAAACGACGAUUGAAACCCCAAGCGUUUGCAUAAUUAUGCUCAGUUGAACAAAUUAGUUGUUAAAUGAUACAUACAAAGAGAUAACUAAUAAUUUUGAAGCUGUCGAAAUUAGAAAUCAAUAUAAGAAAACCAGUAAUUUUGUGUAUUAAGCUUUCAGUUGAAAUUAUAUAUAUCACUAUAUCAAAUACUAAAUAUUCAAUAUCGUAGUGAACUAGUAGCCAUGAGUAUGAAUUUAGAAAAUAGUUGUACUAAAGAUAUAUGUACGCACAUAAAAACCGCAAUUUGCAAUUUCCUUAGGCAAAAAAAACAAUUUUGCAUUAUAGUCUACAAAUUAGAUGAACUCAACAGGAUUUAUCCCUUUGUAUUUUCGACAUUUUUUUUUCAGUUACAUGUUAAUCCAUGUUGACUUUUAAUUAUGUAUAAGUAAAACAUAUGUAUAAGUUUUUUUUUCUAUUUACUCAUUAUUGCAUUAUUCAUUGCAUGAGUUUUACAACAUGCUCAUUGCUCUGUUGUUUAUUAUUAUAUAUAUACAUAGUAUGUACUAAUUUAUUUGAUAAAGACAAUACAUGUAAAAAUACCUACGGGCUUAUUAAAUAACAAAUUUAGAUUUUUUAUUUAAACUGUAGAAGUUCAGGGCGCAUAAUAACUGCCACUACUGUAUGCAGCGUGUUUCGUUUUCAAAUGUCUCUACACUGUCAAUUUCUUGCAUUUUGUAGACAUUUUCAAAAUCUAUGCGUUGCUGUUUUCAACUGAACUGUCAAACGCUUAGGCGCGUUAUGUAGUUCCAGCUUUAAUUUUGUCUGCUUUCAUACCCCGGAGCGCGUGGUCGCAGCCAACUUCAUGUUAUUUAUUAAACGCAACAACCCUCAACAACUUGUUUACCUCUUUCUACGUGUUUAAUGUGAUUCCUUUGUGUGUAUUUUAAUUAGUUUUACGUGCAUAUUAAAAUUUAAAAAAUGCUUCACAAACAUCAAAAUGCAUAUUUAAAUAAAAAAACAAUUAUUUCAAUUAAAAAACAAUAAUAUUUGAGCUUGCUGUCGCAUUUCUAAACUCUGCGUGUGGUACAACACGUUUCAGUGUAAAACAGCUUUAUUGAACAAACUCGGUGAAUGCAACCCUAUGUUCAAUUCAACGAAUCGUCGAACAACGAGAGCAUUUGUUCAGAUAAAAUCGUGUUUGCGGGUGAGUUGGACGUGAAAAUUUGCAGCGCUGGGCGUUUAUUUGAUAAUUUUCUUUGUUUUUUUUUAUCUCUGCUGCAUUAUACCUACUUAUAUUUGAAGAGACUGUACUUUUGUAAAGAAAAAAGCGAAAACAAAGUAAAAAAUGGAGUUCUUUUAUUGCUAGGUUAUAAGUAGUUAUUUUAUGCAGAGAAGAAUUGUGUUUACUAUUUUGUACUUGUUAUAAGGAGCUGUAUGAAUUUAAAUCCACGCUACAAAAUUUAUUGAUCUCAAGUGUUACUUCAAAAGGCAUACUAGUGCCGAGUACAAAGAAAAUCUGCAAUUUCGGUUAAUACUAUCGUUCUUGUAAACCGAAAACUUAAACGAUAUAUUAAAAAAUAGUGUCUAUAUUUGCAAUAAGUUAAAUUAGUGCUUAAUUAGUUUGCUAUACGAGAAAAUAUAUUUGUCAUCACAAAAUGGCGAAAUUCUGGAAACGUGGCUGAAUAUUUUGUAAUAGAUUGUAUUUUGUACAUGAACCAUUUUACACGCUUUCGAGUUGCCACUUGAUGGGGAUUGCAUUGGCAAGUAUUUUAUACUAAAACAAUUCCACGAAUUGAUUGAAGUUGGGAGUUCGUGUGCAUGAAAAUAAACGAUUGUUAUUUUGAGAGCCACUGAAUUUCGUUUCAUACCAAGUGAAGCAGAUAUGUGGCAACCUUGGUAGAUAUAAGUUCAAUUUAGCUGCGGUUUAAUAUGUAAAUAGCAUCUAUUACAACAUUGAGACGUCGCCAUUAUAGAAAAUUUCUCUAUAAUAUUUUCGCAGUAGUUUUCCAAAACACCUUGGACAAAUAAUACGUUUAACAAGAACGUCAUCGAGGGAUUGAAUUAUUAAAAUUAUUCAUUAAAAAUAUUGUCUUUCAUAACAAUACUAGUUAUGUUUGUUUAUUAUUGCAAAUAAAAGCAUUUAGGUAA